ACAGAAAUGAUGGAGAAAAACCAGACCACAAUUACAGAAUUUAUUCUAGCUGGAUUUUCUGAGACUCCAAACCUCAACAUUUUUCUAAGCAUUUCUUUUAUACUAGUGUAUGUGGUCACCAUGCUUGGAAAUAUGUUAAUCAUUCUUGCUUACAAAAUCAGCCCAAACCUUCAUACCCCUAUGUAUUUUCUCCUUGCCAAUUUCUCCUUCCUAGAGAUUUGUUAUGUUUCAGACACUUGCCCAAAGCUGUUGUCCAACUCACUUAGUGAAGAUAAAUCUAUCUCCUUCUAUGGCUGCAUUGCUCAAAUGUACUGUGGACUGCUCUUUGCUGGGACUGAAUUCUACAUCCUUGCAACCAUGGCCUACGAUCGCUAUAGUGCCAUCUGUAGGCCACUCUUGUAUAACAUGAUAAUGAAUAAGAUAUCAUGUAUUCAGCUUAUCGCCGCUUCCUGGGCCAUUGGUGCCACUAAUGCAGUAAUACACACGGCUCUUACGUUCUCUCUACCUUUUUGUAGGUCUAACAAGAUAAACCAUUUCUACUGUGACAUCCCACCCUUACUAAAGCUGGCCUGCACCAAUACCAGAGUCAAUGAGCUUGCUGUGUUUGUCAUAAGCGGAGGUGUUAUUUUUGGCUCGUUCAUACUGAUAAUGAUCUCCUACACCAAAAUCAUCUCUGCAGUUUUGCAAAUCAAGUCGGUUCCAGGAAGAAAGAAAGCUUUUUCCACCUGUACAUCCCACCUAAUGGCUGUAACCAUGUUCUAUGGUUCAAUCUUUUUUGUUUAUUUUAAACCCAAAUCGAAGUAUGAUGCAGAGCAGGACAGAGUGGUCUCUGUUAUAUACACCACCAUUGCACCACUGCUAAAUCCUUUCAUAUACAGUAUCAGGAAUAACACAAUGAAAGGGGCUCUUAUAAGACUUUUUCAAGUCAUUGUGCCUAAAAAGUACUGA